AUAUUGGAAGUACUCUCCGUACUCUCGCCUCUGCCCAUUAUUUUGUUAAGUAGAAGUGGGACCUUUGUUGCUUCCCGGUGUUAUGACUGACGCGGUGAGAGAGAGGAGUGGGAGAAGCUCCAGCAAGAUACGUGUGGCAGCAGCAGACUCUGCGACACAGCAACAACAGUCGACGGCAGGAAAAUUUGGUAAAGCGAGUGCUUUCUGCUGCUUUACUCCAGUCGGAUCGUAGACUCGGUGACGGCCAGCGACACGUGAAACGUUGUCGCGUGAAAGCUUGAGGAAAACUGAGGCAACGCUAUCAUGGCGGAUGACGGUGCGGGAGGAAGCUCUUGCGGAGCUUCCUCCAGUCCGUCUGGAAAAGCGUGGACAGCGGGUGUCCACGAGCAGGAGGCUUGCAAGGCCUCCCAGUUGACCUUUACCCUUACUGGCGAAGACCAUACGUUGGGUAACACCAUCAGAUCUAUCCUUGUUCGAAAACCCGGAGUGGAGUUCGCAGGCUAUUCCGUUCCCCAUCCAACACAACCGGAGAUGAAUAUCCGCCUCCAGACAACAGGCGAAUCAGCAAUGCAGCUGUUGCGAGAGAGCUUUGACGACCUGGCGAGCAUAUGCGAUCAUCUGGAUACGCUCUACGAUGAAGCUCUCGAGGACUUCAUGAAGAAGCAGGGAGAGUCGUCGGAGAUGACCUCUUGACUUUCUUUCUGAAUCUAAGUCAAACCCAAAAGUGACCCCUCAUUAACAAGUUCGACGUGGUCUAUUCGUCUGAGUUUUGGAAUGCUUCCAAGACUUU